CUGAGCUCGGCGCGCGCCCGCACACACACACACACACACACACACGCACGCUAUCGUGUAUAAGUACACUAUUUAUUCCUAUAGCCGUGUAUUUUUUUUUAAUAAUAAAUCCUCUCUGUACACACACACACACACACACACACACCCCGGAGCGGACAUGGCGGAAGAAGAGCAGAGUGUUGACUUUCUGCUUGUUUGUCUGAAUAAAGCAACAGAUCCUGAGAACCCGUCAGAGAGAUGGGACUGCAUGCAGGAGUUCUACCAGCAUGUUAACACACUCCCCAACGGGCCCCAGAUUGCGACGCGACUCCUGGCCCAUAAGAUCCAGUCUCCUCAGGAGAAAGAAGCUCUUCAGGCUCUCACUUUGUUGGAGGUGUGUAUGAAUAAUUGUGGGAAACGUUUCCACAGUGAAGCAGCGAAGUUCAGAUUCCUGAAUGAACUCAUUAAAGUUCUCUCUCCAAAGUAUCUGGGUGUGUGGAGCACAGAACAGGUGAAGCAGAAGGUGAUGGAGGUUUUGUACAGCUGGACUCGGUGGUUAAAGGAUGAGCCGAAGGUGCAGGAAGCGUACAGCAUGCUGAAGAAACAAGGAAUAGUGAAAAAAGACCCAAAGCUUCCUGACACCAUCGCACUUCCUCCACCUUCUCCACGACAGGAAGUGUCUGUGUUUGAUAAUGAAGAUAAAUCAAAGAUGUUGUCUCGGUUAUUGAAGAGCGGCCGUCCAGAAGACCUCCAGAUGGCUAACACUCUGAUAAAGAGCACACUACAAGAGGAGCAGGAGAAGAUGGAAAAAGAGAGCAGGCGUGUUAGUACCCUUCAGGAAGUGGAGACGUGCACAUCGCAACUUAAACUACUCCUGAACCAACAACAUACACAACACACUCCAGAGAUGCAGGAUCUGUAUGAGCGCUGUGAUAGGCUGAGGUCAAGCCUUUUCCGAUUGGCCAGUGACACUGUCGACAACGAUGAGGCUUUAGCUGAGAUCCUACGCAGGAAUGAUGAACUCACACAUGUUAUGAAUCUGUACAGAGAGAAAACACAGAAACCACAAACAGAGACGGACACGACACUGGUGAGUCCUGUGAAGUCCUAUCACCUGAUUGAUUUCUCGCUGCUGGGAGAUAGCGCCCCCUGUGGCCAAGUGGAGCAGAGCACAACUCUACUGCAGGAUGAAGAGCAGCAGAAAAUACACGGGGCAGAUUCAGGCAGAAACACCCUCGGUGUGAAAUCCUACCUCGAUGAACUGUUACAGUUGGAGGACACGGUGAAGGUUACGAGAGAGACAGGACAAAUGGAGAUGGCGUACAGAAAUGAAGACUACAAUACCCAUAAUGCAUCAGUAUUAGCAGCAAUUGAACCAGAGCUUCGGUCCAGAUCAGCUUCCAGAGACAAUCAGCCAGUCGGUCCAGGUGGUCUUCCUGAACCCCGCCCUGUUUCAUCCCUCUCUGACAUCACUGUCUCUCUGGACUCUAUUACGCCCAGUCACAUUAAGCCGAUAACAGUGUUUAAUCAUCGUGGUGUACAUGUCUCUCUGCACUUCACUAAAGAAGCUCUUCCAUCUCACCCUGAUGUUGCUGUCAUCAUCGUGUCUGUGGUUAACACUUCGCCACUUCCUGUUUCUGACUUCCUCUUCCUGGCUGCUGUUCCCAAAAGCAUGUGUGUGAGGCUGCAGGCAGCUACAGGAAGCACAUUACCGCCGUACAGCCCUCUGCUGCCCCCUGCUGCCCUCUCUCAGAUACUUCUGCUCUCCAACCCACUCAGGAAGCCGGUGCGUCUGCGUUUCAGAGUGACUCUGAGUCUCGGACAGGAGCGUCUGCAGCAGGAUGGAGACAUCGACCAGUUCCCUCAGUGGAAUUCUUGGAUUCACCUUUGACCUUUAAUAUUUUGUCACAUGAACACAGCAACCUGGACUAUGUGUGUGUGUGUGGGUGUGUGUUUGUGUGUGUGUGUGUGUGCUCUGAAAUAAAGAAGAUAGAAACUUGGUAAAGUUUUGAAAUCAUCUGAACAGGCUGAUCAGACACUCGCCGUCACUCUGAGAAUGCCAUCAUCCUUAUUUUACUCGGACGAGGGUGUCGUCAAGGUUGUCCUUCAUCCCCUCUGCUUUUUGCUGUCGCUAUCGAGCCGCUGUCUAUCGCAUUAAGAUCUUCUCCCUUGUUUAAAGGAAUAGUUCGAUAUGGUGUAGAGUACAAAUUGUCGCUAUAUGCUGAUGAUUUGUUAUUGUAUGUACCCGAUCCUGCUGCCUCUAUGCCUGCUGUCUUGGGUGUUCUGGAGACCUUCGGGGUCUCAGGUUAUAAAUUAAAUUUGGAUAAAAGCGACUGUUUUCCUGUCAAUACUGCAGCAUUUUCUCUCCAACAGUCAGAUCUACCGUUUCGAUUUAGUCAGUAAGGGUUUAAAUACCUAGGUAUCAACGUGACACGUUCUUUAUCUAAUCUUUCAUCAGCUAACUUCACUCCCCUUAUCUCAAAGGUUAAAUCCAACAUUCAGAGUUGGGGUAACCGCCCCCUUUCUCUAAUUGGCAGAAUGAAUGUCGUCAAAAUGAAUAUAUUACCGAAGUUUCUUUUCUUGUUCCAGCAAGUGCCUCUUUCUCUGCCAAAAUCAUUCUUCGAUUCAUUGGAUAAGAUAAUUAGUACUUUUAUUUGGGGAGGGAAGCCACCAAGGGUCCGUAAAUCUUUAUUGCAGAUGUAGACUUAGUGGAGGACUUGCAUUACCCAAUUUUCAAUUCUGUUACUGGGCUGCGCACAUCCAUAAACUCUGCUACUGGGUUAAAUCUCCUGGAUCUUCUUGGUCUAAAUUGGAACUAUCAUCUUGUAGGGAAUCCUCUUUACCUGCUUUACUUUACUCCUCUUUACCUACAAAACUCUCCCUAUAUACUGAUAAUCACGUUGUCCUCAACACACUUAAGACUUGGUAUCAAUUUAGACGGCGCUUUAAAUUUGUAGGUGCAUCCUCUUUGUGUCCUUUAGUCAACAACCUUCUAUUUCCUCCAUCAUGUUUGGACUCUACAUUCUCAGUAUGGUAUGACAAGGGUAUUAACCCUCUUACCCCUAAGUUCCCACAGUAUUAUGUCCCAUAACCCUGUAUUCCCCAGAGAAACAGCACGCCGACCCUGAGUUCCCGGGCCAAAAUCAACAUUUUAAUUUGAACAUUUUUAGGCCUUGAAACAACUUAUAAUAAUGUAUUUGUGUAAUAUUACUUUGAAAAUGAAGCAGUUCAGUGUUUUUACUAAACUUAUAGCACAAUUCUUAACUAGAGAAAUGAUGAAAAAAUGCUCGCUAAAAUCCUUCUACUCGUUUAGAAGUACCAUACGAGCAUCAGCGUGGUCAAUGCCUUCAUAAAUAAUAAAUAAAUAAAUGCAUUUUAGCGCCAAAAGUCAAGUUUCCGGUGGUAGCAGCAGGUGGUGUUUUCACGAAUGCACAGAGAGGGUCAGGUCAUGACUCCAGACCCCUGCAGUGUCAGUCGCGCUGGUUGAUGCUGAAGAUGAAGACGGAUCAGGAUCCGAAUCAGGAGAGUUUGCGUCUCUAUCAGUUUCGGUUUCGGUUUCGGUUUCAACAUCGCCUGAACUUUCACUGCUGUCUCUAUCUAGAAUCCUCGCUCGCGCCUGUGUGACUGUGUGUGUUUUCUCUUUUUCACUGUUUUAGAUGUACCUGUGUUCACUGUAGGUGUAACUUUAGCUGGAACACGAUUAGCUUUGCGCUUUGGCACUGUUAGUUCACUUCUACUAGUGCACCAAUAUUCACGCUCGGAUCUUCAUCGUAAUGACGGCAUAAUGUCGUAAUCACGUUGUGACGUCAUCAACCUUCCGGGUCAAAAAAUAAUAAUUAAAUAAGUAAGGAAUCAUAGCAGAGUAAUGCCGGUACACCGGCCUCACGGGGAUAACGUUUACAUUGUAAAUCCUCUAUAUCGGCCUUACGGGGAUUUGGCAUAGACGACCAAGCCGGUAUAUCGUCCUUACAGGAACAGAUCAAAGACGACCAAGCCGGUAUAUCGUCCUUACAGGAACAGAUCAAAGACGACCAAGCCGGUAUAUCGUCCUUACGGGAAUAGAUCAAAGACGACCAAGCCGGUAUAUCGUCCUUACGGGAACAGAUCAAAGACCGCCAAGCCGGUCUAUCGUCCUUACGGGAAUAGAUCAAAGACGGGUAAGACGGUUUUUCGGCCAUACGAGGUAAGAGGGUUAAACAAGUUAGAAAUCUGUAUGCCGAUGGUGUCUUUGAUAGCUUUGCCAAUCUGUCAUCUACUUAUGACCUCCCUGUGACGCAUUUUUUUCGGUAUUUUCAAAUUCGGAAUUUCGUUUCUAGAUGUUUUCCUGAUUUCCCCUCUGCGCCUCCUGAACAGGUUGGGAAAGCUUGUUUUCAAACAAUCCACAUCAGAGAGGAAUGAUUUCUAGGAUUUAUGAUUUCAUUCUGGCGUUAGGUAGUGAGGCGAGUAACAAAAUUAGGAAUGCGUGGGAAACGGAGUUAGGAGUACAGAUAAGUGAGGAGUGUUGGGAACGUGCUAUAGGGAGGGUACAGUCUACCACUUCCUGUGCUCGUCUUGGACUUAUACAGUUCAAAGUUUUACACAGAGUCCAUCUGUCCAAGUCGAGACUUUUUGUGAUGUAUCCAGAAGUAGAGGACAAGUCUGAUGGCUCUCCCUGUCAUCUUGGCCAUAUGUUUUUCUUCUGCCCAGAUCUCCAUGGUUUUUGGACUGGUUUCUUUACUGUCAUGUCCACUAUUCUCAGGGUAGAUUUAAAGCCUUGCCCACUGAUUGCUGUAUUUGGGAUUCCUGAUGACUCAGUUCCACUGAACUCGAUACAAAAGGAUGUUUUUGCUUUCACAUCCCUUAUAGCAAGACGUUCCCUACUGUUGCAUUGGAAGUCUGCUAAAUACCCAUCUAUCUCCCAGCGGCUAAAGGACGUGAUGUUUUUUUCUAAAACUCGAGAAAAUAAGAUAUACGAUGAAGGGUUGUAUGGACAAGUUUUUUUUUUUUAUAAAUGGCAUCCCUUUAUCGUAUACUUUAUGGAGUUACAGACACUUCCCACUUAAAUUUUUGUGCCUGUUGUUGGAUUUUACAAUAUCUAUAUAACCAGCGAUAGUUAUUGGGUAGCCAUGAUGAGCCGGUGGGGCGGGGGGCGGGUUUACUUUUAAUUUUGUUUUCCUUUGUUUGUAUAAAAAGAAAAAAAACCUGUGAAUGUUUACUGAUGUGUGUUGCUCAAUUUGUUUUUUGUUUUGUUUUUUUUCUUCUUUCUCAAUGGAAUAUUUGGGAAAGGAGGGGAGGAGAGAAGAAAAAAGGUGAUGUUCAGCAGACAUGUUUGGUAGACGUGUUCAGCAGAAAUGUCCAGCAGAAAUGUUCAAUAAAAAUGAAACUGGAAAAAAAAAAAAAAAGAAUUCCAUCAUCCUCGAGAACUGAAAGGAAAACAUGGCCACGCCCCUAACAGGUCAUUUAAUUUCAGCUGCCUUCAGGACCAGAUAAUACUCUAGAAUCAAAAAUGUCCACUUUUAUAAACACUUUUAAAUUCUGGUCAGAGAUUUUUGGUCAGAUGUUCUCCCCGUGCUUCGGGGCUUUCCUCUGGGUAUUCCGAUUUCCUCCCCUAGUCCAAACACAUGGGUUGUAGACUGAUUGGUAUCUAUAAAUUGCCCAUAGUGUGUGUGUGUGUGUGUGUGUGUGUGAGAGAGAGAGAUUCUGCCCCAGGGUUGGAACCCUGCUCCAGGCUCCCCGUGACCCUGUGUAGGAUAAGUGCUACAGAAGUGGAUGGAGGGACUGUGAUUGGUCAGAAAGUGUCGAUUAGUUUUCUAUAACAGCAGCUCUGACAGUAGCGCAGGUUUAUAUUAAUCUGCACGUUCUGAUAUGUUAUUGUGACCCUCAUUCAUUUUCCUUCCACUUUUGUCUGGUUGGUGUUGUGGUGGCAGCUGGCUGAGAAGCUCAGUCCAAAGUUCUCUAUCCUCCACCACAGAUUCCAGCUGCUCCUGGGGGGAACGCCAAACAUUCCCAAAGUAACUGUGGGAUAUAAUCUUUCCAGUGGGUCCUGUGUCUGCCCUGGGGACUCCGUCCAGUGGGAUGUUCUGAUAUAGCUCUCCUCAGAGCUCACUGGGGAGGUGCUUGUAAGGUGCCUGCCCAAUCUCAACUGACUCCUCUCGAUUCAGAGGAGCAGUAGCUCUGCUCUGAGGUUUUCUUGGAAUGUUCAGCUCCUCAGCCUAUCAUGGAGAGUAAGCCCAGCAACCCUGCUGAGGAACCUCGUUUCCACCACCUACUCACAACCUUCUUUCAGUUACUACCCAUAGCGGAGUAUCAGGACAUAGACUAAUCUUACACUGAGCUUCAAACUGAGCUCCAGCUUCACCACCACAGAGCAGUACAACAGCUGAUGUAUGCAACACUGAUGCUGACCCAAUCCCUCUAUCAAUCUCACACUUUCAUUUUCUAUCACUCGUGAAUCCAAAGAUCCAUCAAUUCCUCCACCAGGGUGAGGUCUCUCCACUCACAGCUCUUUUCUGAGAGAGAAACAUGGCCUCAUACUUGGAGGUCCUGGAUUUCCUGGAUUUCAUUCCAGCACUUCUUUCUUUACACAGUGAAAUGUUUCCGUGUCAGAUGUCAGGUUCAGAUGAUGCCGAGUGAACAACAUCAGCAAAUAAUACUGUUACCACUAGCGCCCUAUAUUUGAUAUCUCUCUAUCUAUGGCUUUUCAUUUAUAACAUGUCCAUGAAAACCACAGACAAGAGUGUAGACCAGUCACACCCAUGACAAGUCCGAAACUGUUCAAAUGGUACCGACUUCACACCAAAAGGAUCAACAGAUGGUACGAAUGGUUACGUUCCUCCGUCUCCUGAGGUGCUGAAUGUUUUACCAGAACAGCUUUGGGACCAUCUUUUAACAUGGCUUUUCCAAACUCCUGCCAGGCCUGAGUUUUCACUUCUGCACCUGGUUUUGCUGUAGACCUUCAGGCUCUCCUAUACCUCUCAAAUGAAUCAGGAGAGCCCUUCUUGAGCAUUUCUUGGAAUCCCAAAUCCUUCCACUUGACAGCUUCCCCCACCCCUGGUGUCCAGCAGUGUUUCCUACAGUUAGCGCUGUGACAGGCACCAACAGCUUUCUGGCCCCGGCUUCUAGCAGCUGCCUCUGUGAUUGAGGACUUGAACAUGAGCCAUUCAGACCAUUUGUAGGCUGGAGUUAAAUUAGUCUCUAGCUGAAACUUCUGCCAGAUGUUCCCAAGCAACCCGGAACGGAAAGAUCUCGGGUUUCACAGGUAAAUCUAGCCAGAGCCCUGAUCAAUGAAUCCAACUUGCCACCAAGUGAUGAUCAUUUGAAGCUCUGCCUGUCUCUUUACCCAAGUGUCCAAAACAUACGGUCUCACGUCUGAUGAUACCAUCAGUGACUGACCUCUGGCCCAAGAGUUCUGGUACUAAAUCAUAAAGUUAUAUACUUCUUCACAUCCCAUGGCUUGAAUAGUAGUCUAAUAACAGGUUCAGCUGUGAGAGGACGUUCCUCCCAAUCACACAGUCUAAGUGUCUCCAUCAUUCCCAACAUGAGCACUGAAGUCCCUCAGAAGCACUAUGGAGUCAGUAUAAAGUUCCCUCUCGAGCACCUGCUCCUCGUCCACUGGGAACCACACCAACUGUGAGGCCUUCAGCCUGGAACUGCUGAGUGUCUCCACAACAGCACACACGGUUUUAUAUCACAUUCAUCACAGUUUUUACAGCACACAAACACACACACACACACACACACACACACACACACACACACACACACAGGGUAAAAAGUGAAACAACGAACACCUCAUUCCAACACACACUGAAUGAAACAUGCAGUGUACAAAUCUUCAUAUCUGACUUCCUUUUCCAAUUACACUGCCAUCCAAAAUAACAGGAAAUGAUCAUCACCCCAUCUGUAAAUGCUUUCAGAAUGUGUGUGUGUAUAUAUAUAUAAUGUGUGUGUGUGUGAGAGAGAGAGAGAAAGAGAGAGAGAGAGAGAGAGAGAGAGAGAGAGUGGGAGUGGUUAAGAGUGGACAUUCAGUGCUGUCAGGAACUUUCACUUUAUUUGUUGGGUUCACACACACACACACACACACACACACACACACACACACACACACACACACACACACACUGGAGGUUCUCCUCGUGCUUUGAGAUGGAAGUGUGUGCUUUCUCUUCGUUAUUCACAGUAUUGUGCCUGGGACUGUAUGGGAAAUCUACAUAUGCAGAAUGUACCUAUCCUAUUCUCUCUCCACCGUCUCUGCUGGUGGAGUAUGGAGACCCUGCUGAAGUGAACUGCUCCAUACCGAACAAACCUGUGACAAAAUACCUACUGGGUUGGGAGUCAAAAACAUCACCGAACAGUACAGACAGUGAGACGAGUGUGGUGUGGAAGGUGGACAAGCUGACGGAUUGGGAGGAAGUUGUAGGACUUGGGUGUUAUUUGACAGUGGGAGGCGUGGAAAAUCAAUGUGAGAGUAAUGUAACUCUCACCAUUUACAAGAAGCCAGACAGUGUUACACUGAGGUCUGUGUCUGAUGUGUGGGUAGAAGGAGAUCAGAGAGAGCUGAGGUGUGAGAUUGAGAACGUCGGUCCUGGAUAUAACCUCAGUGUGCGCUGGAGCAGAGCAGAUCCGAAACACGGCAAUAAUUUCACACAAUUCAAUGAAACGUCGUUCCCAGACCUGAAAAAGGAGAUGAGGAGUGUGAACAAGACAGUGAACCUAGCCGUUACACCCAGCCGUGAGGACGAUGGAGUACAGUAUCAGUGUGCAGCUGUGCUGAAUCUGGACAAAGAGAAAGUGUACACAUCAGAACCAAUCAACAUCACUGUACACUAUAAACCAAACAUAGCACAGCCUUUAGACGAGGGUCUAUCAGUACCUGAAGGUGAAAGCCUGAUGAUAAACUGCUCAGCAGAUGGAAACCCCAGCCCUCAUUAUAAGUGGACUGUACUUAAUAACACAACCAUCUCAAACUCCUCCAUCAUCAUCAGCAGUGUCCGUAAAGAAGACCAGGGUCAGUACACCUGUACCGCCUACAAUUCCCUGGGCAAUACAACAAGGAUCGUGACUGUAACGGUUAUAGCUGACAACUGGACAUACAGCUUCACUGGUGGGGUAUUAGUGGCCAUCAUAACCGUGUUAGCGUGCGGCGUUGUGUGCUGGGUGUUUUACCGACGCACACGCAUGGGUCAAUACAUCCUGACGCGGCUGAUGCCACAGGCACAACGGCCAUGUGGGCCACAAGGCUGAGGACCAAGGGCUGUAGAUACUGCUGACGUUAACGUCUGUGUAAUUAUGCUGUGUGCAACUAAAUUUCAUAAUUCUGAAUUUCCAUCCUCCAAUGGGGAAACCAAAGAAAUCGCCUCAUCACCGGGGAACUCCUACUUAGAACACUGAGAAGGUCUCCUCAACCCCAAGUUCAGCAUGUGACAUUAAAUCAACAUUAAAUCAACAUGGCUGCUCACAACAUACACUCUAAACAUAGCAGCACUUAACGUAGCUUGCUAGAAAAGAUACAGGGGAUAUAAAAAGUCUACACACCCCUGAUAAAAUGGCAGGUUUGUGUGAUGUAAAAAUAAAAAAAUGAUAAAGAGAAAUCAUGUCAGAACUCUGUAUUGAGUUCUAGCUGUGAGCCGUGAGAAGAUCGGACUAUUAUUCACGCAGGUUAUUUUCACAAUGUAGUUUUGUAUGUAGUUUAGUUUGUGUUUUUAAACUGACUGUAGAUCAUGCUGUAUACUGUGAAGUACAACUGAAACAUAUCGAUGCAUUACAGUGUUUUAUGGGUAUUGUGAUGUGAAACUAUAAUAUAAAACCCACUCGUCAGCUUUCACCGUACACUGGAGCAAUAAAACCAAUCUGAACCUGGCAACCGUGGGUUUUAAAUAUUAAAUGUCAUUGCUUAAAACAA